AUGACGUCAACCACUGCGAAGUUGUUGGGUGAGUACUUGAGAAUGAGUAUCAGGAAUUUAUCUAAAUACGUUUUCGGAGUUUUUGUAAUCGGAAAAUGGAGUUUCCACUUUAAAAUUUGA